CGUUGGCUGUUGGGCAAGCGGUGCUAGAGCGCCUAGCGGAUAGGGGGCGGGAGCGCGCUCCCGGAAGCCAUCCGCGAGGCCUCGCCCCGCCGCCGAGGCUGCUCCCGGGAGCCAGUUUUGUCAGUGCUAAGUUCGCGUGGGUCCUGACCGUGGGUGGCGACGGCGGAGGCCGGCGGGAGGCUGCCCACAGCGCCACGCGCAGGAGCUGCAUGAUGUGGGAAGUAAAAUCACUUGUUUCAUGCUUGGGAUGGGAGCAGAGAGGCAGGUGGCUCUGAAGUUUCUGGUGUGGUAUUGAUAGCCAACUAGCCGUGCCGCCGUGUUAUGAUGCCAUCCCGUACCAACCUGGCGACUGGAAUCCCCAGUAGUAAAGUAAAAUAUUCAAGACUUGCCAGCACAGACGAUGGCUACAUUGACCUUCAGUUUAAGAAAAGCCCUCCUAAGAUCCCUUAUAAGGCCAUUGCACUAGCCACCGUGCUGUUUUUGAUUGGCACCUUCCUCAUAAUCAUAGGCUCUCUCCUGCUUUCCGGCUACAUCAGCAAAGGGGGGGCAGACCGAGCUGUUCCUGUCCUCAUCAUUGGCAUUUUGGUGUUCCUGCCUGGAUUUUAUCAUUUGCGCAUCGCCUACUAUGCCUCCAAAGGCUACCGGGGUUACUCCUAUGAUGACAUUCCAGACUUUGAUGACUAGCAGUCACCUCGGCCUUCUGAAGAGACAAGGCACCCACUUAGUGGGGCAGGAACUAUGGCUGAGGGCUGAGGAAGUCUACAGUUUGCAGAUGUUUUGCAAGACAAUGGCCGGAUUGUUUGAGUCCUUUUCCAAAAUGUUCAUGCUUUGUAAUUAGCUAAUUAGGACAUGCUGUUUUCCUCUGCUGGCCCUGGCGCAGCUUGACAAGUUUUUCCACCUGCGUAUGCAUCAUGUCAGAACUGUGAGGCUCAUUGUCUGGGAAGGCAGACUGUUCCGUAGUGAAAAGUGCGACCCUUGGGGUGAGCCUCCCUUUUGCCUUUGUCGUCAGUUUUUAUAGCAUAUGGAAAAUGUAUUAUGUAUAGUUUCUUAUUACUAAGUAAUUUAUUUUUAAAAUAUCUAUCUUACCCCUCACACUCUCCUCUACCUGCACAUCAUGGUAAAAUUAAAAUAUCUGUCUCAUCCUAUAUGCUCUCUACCUUCAAACCUUCAUAUUCUGAUAAGACUAAAUAUCUGUGAUCCAUCUAUAAUAGGCUUUUUUUUUUUUUUUUGGUUUUUCGAAACAGGGUUUUUCUGUAGCUUUUGGUUCCUGUCCUGGAAUUAGCUCUUGUAGACCAGGCUGGCCUCGAACUCACAGAGAUCCGCCUGCCUCUGCCUCUCGAGUGCUGGGAUUAAAGGCGUGCACCACCGCCGCCUGUCUUGUAAUAGACUUUUUUAAAACUGACAGCAACCUAGAAUUUUUAAACCGCAAAGCAUGUUUUCAUAAUGUAAGCUUCGCUGGAUAUGGUGGUAUAUGCCCUGAUCGUGGAGUUUUAGGACAACCAGAGCUGCCAAGUGAGACCUCUGAAAUAAAAAAACAAAA